CACACGAUGAGUAGCAACAAGAAAAGUAGCCUCACGGGCUACCUACCAGACAUCCUCAUGGCCGCCGCCGCUCCCCUCAUAGCAUACUUCGUCAUUCGCAACCUCCUCGCCCGUCUCGACCCUGAAGCACAGCAAAAGGAAGACGCGCGCAAGAAAGCUACCGCAGCAAAUCGCAAGCUCGGCGCGAUAUUAGCGAACAAAUCAUCAAGGGACGAAGAUUACGAUAGUGAUGAUACCGAUGAUGGAGAAUACAGAGGUGGGAAGAGGAAAACAAGACGGGACAGCAGAGCCAGAAUAGAGGAUCUGGAAUUGACCGCUUAUGAGCAGACUAUUGCUAUGGAGGUGGUGGCUCCCGAAGAGAUUCCCGUGAGCUUCGAGGAUAUUGGUGGUCUUGAUUCCAUCAUCGAAGAUCUCAAGGAAUCCGUCAUCUACCCUCUUACAAUGCCGCACCUCUAUUCGCAUUCGUCCUCGCUUCUCAGCGCUCCUUCGGGCGUUCUUCUUUACGGUCCUCCUGGCUGCGGAAAGACUAUGCUUGCCAAAGCCCUUGCCCACGAAUCGGGCGCCUGCUUUAUCAACCUUCACAUCUCCACACUGACCGAAAAGUGGUACGGUGACAGCAACAAGCUCGUAAACGCAGUUUUCAGUCUUGCACGCAAGCUCCAACCCACGAUCGUCUUCAUUGACGAAAUUGAUGCUGUCCUUGGACAGCGAAGGAGCGGCGAACACGAAGCGAGCGGCAUGGUCAAGGCCGAAUUCAUGACACAUUGGGACGGUCUCGUCUCCUCGCACUCGAGCUCCCACGGUUCACCACAACAGAUCUGCAUCCUCGGAGCCACAAAUCGUAUCCAGGACAUCGACGAGGCCAUCCUCCGCCGCAUGCCCAAGAAGUUCCCCGUCGCUCUCCCCAACGCUUCCCAGCGCAACAAAAUCUUCUCACUGAUCCUCCGCGACACGAAAAUAGACAAGCCGAAAUUCGACCUCGACUACCUCGUCCGCGUAUCGGCGGGCAUGUCCGGAUCCGACAUCAAGGAAGCAUGCAGAGACGCAGCCAUGGGCCCUGUGAGGGAAUACAUAAGGCAAGCGAAGAAGAACGGCAACCUUAGAAAGGGCGUUGACGCGAACGCGGUCAGAGGCCUGCAAACUGGAGACUUCUUUGGUAGUGGACGGGGCUUGAGGGAGGUGGACGACGAUGAUAUCUCGAACACAAGGACCGACGCCGGAGCGAGACGCGUGCAUACGACCGAGGAAAGCGACACCGAGAGCGUCAGUACUGAGAACGAGGGAUUCAGGGACAGCGCGUAUCAAGAUGUCGAAGCCGUGGGCGCGACAAGAUGAAGCUGAUUGCUUUCCGAUUCUCUUUUCCGUGUUAUUUGGUCUUUGUUCAUCUGCAUAGGUCUCACGGCGACAGUGGGAAGGCGAAAUAUGCAUGCGUAUUUUCUCAUUCAAUCUUUCUGUCAUACAACUCGCUUUCGAUGGAUAGGAGGUAUAUUCUAUCCGUCUCUCGGCGAUAGAAGAGGAUUCUUGUGAUGGUUGAUGGGUCGGUGUUCACUGGAUUAGACAGGAGUCUUUUAUAUGUCGCUGCGCUUUCUUCCUCUUACUUUUGUCCCUUCCUCUUGUUUUGUGUACAAUUGUAAAUAUACAUUAUGGACUGAAACGAUGUUCUGAAUCCACACUUUACCAAGUACACUUUAACUGCGUAGUCUCAUCGCCCUGUUUUGGAGUUUCCCUUGACAGGCUAUAACUGAGUGUUUGACUGCAAUGGUGGUAGAUCAACAUGGUUUCUCUAGCACUCUUCCAGCUGAGUGUUCAUGUCGCGUUUAAUGAAAAUUGAAAUAUGUCUAACAAUUCUAGGAUAAAUUACGAAUUGGUCAAAAUCAUGGCAGUGAAAUUGUGGUUCUC